AUGCCCUACUUGCCUACGAAUCUGAUGCGUCCGGGAGGAGGGGAGCCUGUCUACCAUCGACUUCCCAUCGACGAGACGGGCCUUCCACGAAAAGAAGCUCGGCGACCGGACUGGCCGACGCUCGUUUCUGUCAGCGCAGCAGCAUUUAUUGCCGGUGGGCUUAUGGUCGGGGUGGUGCUGCUCCAGGUUAAUGGGUCACUACAUGUCCAGGAGUGCAACCCAGUUUCGCCAGAGGGAACCUUUGGGGAAGGGUUCCGUACGGAUUUUGGCCCCGCCAAGCAACACAUCGAGCUGCAGGAAGUCAACUUCACCGGGACGCCGCACGUCACCGACGACGGCUUUUUCUUUAUCCCCACCGAGGAAUCCAAGUAUGUGGGAGAACCAACAGACGAGAUGGACGAGGCGUGGGAAAAGCUAAUCGGUGAGGCAUAUGAUGCUUGGGGUCCCCAACACGAGCAAUUCUGGAAUCAGGGUUCUGGUGGGUACUAUGCGGAUUUCGAGAUGCUUCACAUGCUGCACUGCGUCAACCAGAUACGGAAGCUGUUUGCCCCGGAGCGGUAUCCGAUGGUGCAGUCCAACCGGUUGCUCGUUCACCGCGAUCAUUGCUUGAACUCGCUCCGGGAGCACAUAAUGUGCAAGGGAGAUCUAACGCCGCUGCCAACCAAGUGGACGCCGGGUAUUCAACACAAUUAUAUUGAGGCAAACCGGCCGCACAUUUGCCGAAAUUUUCAAAAGUUGAGGGCCUUUGCGACAAAUCGAAAGAAGGGACCGCUUGCUGUCAGCCCAGAUUUUGAGCAGAAGAAGGGAUCACUACCGGGACGUUAA